AUGGAUAAACUCAAGGAAAAACUCAACAACUUGAAAUUGGAUGCUGAAAAAUGGCAAGAAAAGUCUGACGAAUUGUCCGAGAGGAUUAAGGAGUUGGAACAAGAGGGUUUAGAAAAGGACAACCAAAUCCAAGCAUUAACCAGAAAGAAUCAAGUUUUGGAAGAACAAGUUGAAAAAUUGGAAACCAAUCUUGAAGAAAUCAAAAGUACUGCUGAUGAAUCACACUCUUUGAAAACUUCUAAUGAAAACUAUACCAAAAAGAACCAAGUUUUGGAAGAAGAAUUGGAAGAGGCUGAUAAGAACUUGAAGGAGACUACUGAAAAGUUGAGAGAAACUGACAUCAAGGCCGAACAAUUGGAAAGAAAGGUUGCCAGUUUGGAAAGCGAAAAGGAGGAACUUGAAAAGAAACAAGAAGAGUUGCUUGAGAAAUACAAUGAAGUCAAGAACGAAUUGGAUGAAAUCAGUCAACAAUUAGAAGCUAUCUAA